UUUUUCAGUCAGAAGUGAACUCUGCACGCGAUUUGUGGUCUGUUUAUCUAUUUUUCGGUUCAAACAGUAAAUAUUUGGCGAGAUGAUGAAAGUAAAUUGGUUGCUAUUUCUAUCUUGUUCAAUAGUUUAUUUAAAAUUAUCCUCAGCGUGUGACGGAUUCAAAUUCAAAUUCAAUAGCAUCGACAAUUGCGGAGGUAAAGGUCAAAUCGUUACGGUUGAUACAAACUUCACCAGCUCCAUUAACAAAAAGUGCGAAGUUAUCACAUCCGGUUGUGUUUCGUCCAAGGGAUUCAAAGAGGCGAAAGCGAAGUAUACAGUUUAUAAGAAUGGCAUGGCAAUAAUGACGGGCACUCCAGAUUUAUGUUCAGAAAUAGAAAUACAUAAAGAGGCGAAAGUUCCUCUAGAAAUGGUUGGCUUUCCAACUGCAUGUCCCAUCGAAAAGGGACGUAAAUGUGUGGAUGGUACUAAGAAGUUCGAUGUAGCAAAAUUCAGGAAAUACUUGACCAUGGCUCGGGGCAAGAUUGCAGUUGACACUGAAAUUACACAUGAUACGGGCUCGUCCUGUUUCAAAGUAGAAUUCGAAAUUUUUAAGUAAGAACGUCUCAGCCACACUACAGAGCUGUGUUAGUUCUUCAACAAACAAUAAUAGAUUUUUGAAUUUUUGAAAUUACUGUGUUGAUUAUGACAAAUAAAAAUAAAAAUAUUAUUUCUGCA